UGGACGCUGUGGUUGGUUGGACUGUAGGAGGCUAAAGCUGCAGUGCUGCAUCUACCAGACGUCUCUCGCCCCACGAGCUAAUGAUGCGCCCGUCUCUGUUUAUUAACUCCUAGCACAUUGACAAGUAACAACAUGUAGAAUGUAAUCGACUAUUGUCUGUUUCCAACGCCUUCCCGUUAAAGGAAACGGACUUGUGUGAAUGAGAGGGCUGACAAUAGCAGCAGAGUCGGGGCCCUGAAUCUCCAUCAUUAGAACAACCUGCUACCAACGUUAGCAAGCUGCCAUAUAAGACAUAUUAUUUUCGUUGUCAGCCGGUUUUAACGCUUCCAGUCGGUAACAUGGAUGAAUGACAUUGGCUGAGUUGUGUCGUAUCACGGUGUGAUGUAUAUAUGUGUCCGCUGUGUUUUACAUUAGCAUAAAAACCACACAGGAGAAUGAAUGCAGAGGAAGUGGAGCUGCUCGGUGACUCCAAGUACAGGAACUAUGUGGCAGCAGUGGACAAAGCCCUCAAGAACUUUGAGUACUCCAGUGAGUGGGCAGAUCUCAUCUCUGCACUGGGGAAACUUAACAAGGUUUUGCAGAACAAUGCAAAAUAUCAAGUUGUUCCCAAGAAGCUGACGAUAGGUAAAAGGCUGGCUCAAUGUCUCCACCCCGCUCUACCCAGCGGGGUCCACCGCAAAGCUUUGGAGACCUACGAGAUCAUCUUCAAGAUCAUUGGCCCCAAGAGGCUAGCCAAAGAUCUCUUUCUGUACAGCGCUGGGCUCUUCCCUUUACUCUCCAAUGCUGCUAUGUCUGUGAAGCCUGUGCUGCUUGGGCUCUAUGAGACCUACUACCUGCCCCUGGGGAAGACUCUGAAACCAGGCCUACAGGGGCUUCUGACUGGGGUCCUGCCUGGUCUGGAGGAGGGCUCGGAAUACUAUGACAGAACCAACACCCUGUUGGAAAAGGUGGCUGCAGCGGUGGAGCAGUCGGCCUUCUACAGUGCCUUGUGGGGCAGCAUCCUGACCAGCCCUGCUGUGCGUCUCCCCGGCAUCUCCUUUGUUCUCCUGCACCUCAAUCGCAAACUCUCCAUGGAGGACCAACUCUAUGUCAUAGGCAGUGACAUUGAGCUCAUGGUGGAGGCGGUCAGUACCUCAGUCCAGGACUCCAGUGUGUUGGUGCAGAGGAGCACUCUGGACCUGAUCCUCUUCUGCUUCCCCUUCCACAUGAGCCAAGCGACUCGUCCUGACAUGAUUCGGAUCCUUUCCGCAGCUUUGCAUGUGGUUUUGAGAAGAGACAUGUCCCUGAACCGCAGACUCUAUGCCUGGCUCCUGGGCUUUGAUAACACUGGGGUAAAAACAGGCCCCCGCAGCACUCGACAGAGCAACCCAGAGGAGCAUGCUAGCCACUACUUUAACACCUUCUCCAAGGACAUGCUGGUCCAGGCAAUGAUAGGGAUCUUGCAGGGCAAGGCCCGAGGUGGGGAAGAGGAGAGCAUCCUCAUGCACGACCUCAAACCUUUUCGCAUCCUCAUCAGUUUGCUGGACAAACCUGAGCUCGGUCCCGCAAUCCUCGAGGAUGUUUUGAUUGAGGUUUUUCGGACCCUGUACACACAGUGCCGAACAGAGCUGGACCUCCAAAACCAGAGUCCAUUCAGUAAAGACCAUACACACCUUAGCAGCAAAUUACGGGAGAACAAGAAAACAGCAGAACUGAUUAAAACUGCCAAUCUCCUGUUCAACUCGUUUGAGCCGUACUACAUGUGGGACUACAUCGCUCGCUGGUUUGAGGAGUGCUGCAGGAGGACGCUGAACAGCAGCACAGGAGCACAGCGGCAUUCUGGGAGUAUAGAUUCUCCUGAGCUUUCUCUGGUGGAGUUCUGUCAGCUGGUUGAUUUUCUACUGGAUAUUGUUUCCUUGCCUACUAGAAGCAUGAGGGUAAUCUGCCAGGAGACAUACAUAGAGAUUCAAACAGAGCAUCUUCCUCAGCUGCUGCUGCGCAUGGUAGCAGCUCUGACCUGCCACCUGCAGACUCUGUGCCUCGGGGAGCUCACCCACUGCCUUCGCCUCUGCUCCAAGAUCCUCAGCAAAGUGCAGCCACCUCUGGUGUCCCCUCUGUCCCUGCCCUCACGCUCCCAGGCUCAAAGUCAUUCUAAGUCCACUGACAACUUCUCGAUAUCAGCCAAAGAUAAAUGCAAAGACGCGGACGACAAACGGGCUCUCCCUGUUGCUAUGGAGCUGCCUGGCAGUGGGGAUGUUUUUGAAGAUGGAGAAAAUCCCCGCAGCAGUCGCUCCUCAGAAGGUGGCUUCACAGACUUUGUUCAGUACCAGCAUGACGGACCACAGGAAACGGAAGGAAUCCCCCAUUUUAAUUCAGCGGUCAAAGCAGGCUGUCGCUCCUCAGGCUUAUCUCAGUCUCUGGACAAACCAGUCAUGCAGCGCUGCCUGGAGCACUUCCAGCAGUUUCUCUCCCGACUCAUCACCUUGUAUAUAACCACUGGGCAUGUGGACAGAGCUGAGGGUGAAAGAACUGAGGUCAUGCAGUCGGGGCCGCUGGUCGUAGAAGGUUCCCAACACUGCAAUUGUCCUGAAUCAUGCUCAGAACCUGGCUCGGUGCAGAGGGAGUGUGUUGCUGCCUUCACUGCUGCCUGUCAGCUGUUCCUGGAAUGCUCCAGCUUCCCAGUCUACAUCGCGGAGGGUAACCUCAAGUCCUCACCCACACAGGAGGAGCAGUUUGACAGUGAGCAGGUUCGUCUGCCAGUGUGGCUACAGUCACUAAUGGAUGCCUGCUGCCUGGCCAGUGACUUCAGCUUGCAGGGCACCGCCAUCUCCCUGCUCAUGGACCUAAUAGGACUCACCCAGUCAGUUGCGAUGGUAUCAGCGGAGAGUGUGGCAUCUGCUGACAACUCAGAGAUGCCCCAGCCCAAGAGCCCAAGCCAGGGUCGAGUAGCUGUCGUCAUCAGGCCACCGCUCACUCAGGGAAUCCUCAAGUACAUCGCUGACAAGACUGACUUCUUCAAGAGUGUAGCUUUGAUCUUGUGGGACCAGUUGAGUGAAGGAACACCUCAGCACCAUCAACGCAGUGUGGAGCUUUUCUACCAGCUCCACAACCUGGUGCCUUCCUCCAGCAUCUGUGAGGACGUCAUCAGUCAGCAACUUAUGCACAGAGACAAGAGAAUUCGAUUGGAGGCCCAUGUGAAGUUUUCUGUGCUAUGGCAUUUGACAAGAGAUUUGAACAUCACCAAGUCCUCUCCCUUUAGUCGCACAUUUGACAGAUCUUUAUUUAUCAUGCUGGACUGUCUGAGUUAUUGGGAUCCAUGUACGAGCGCUGUUGGUCGUGCUUGGCUGAAUCAGGUCCUUCAGAGACAUGACAUUGCUCGGGUCCUUGAGCCACUUCUGCUGCUUCUGCUCCACCCCAAGACCCACCGAGUGUCAAUUCAGAGGGUACAAGCCCAGCGGCACUGGGCCCAGGUCUUUCCAGAUGUACCAGAACAGGAACCAUCAGAAACCAUCUACAACAGGGACUCUGGUUUCUUGGACAACUUCAGUCAGUUCCACGGGGAGAGGAUUACUCAAGAGGAGCUUCAACGUCAGGCGAUGGGCAACAUGGAGCCAUUCUGUCUGAUUGUCAACCCACUGAGUGAUAGCUUGUCUUUGCUGAGUCUGAGCAGUGAAAACAUACUGGCUGGUGAAUGUCAGCCCACUGACCAGCAGGGGGAUCCCCAGAGCUCAGAGUCUUCUCGUUCUCAUUCAUCGACAGUGGAAAAUGGCAGCUUUGAGGACCCAGUCAAUGGCUCAGACCAACAGCCUGGGUCCUCAGAUGAUAUGUCAAACGACUCCAUAGAAGAGGUUGUGUCCUCUGUUAUAAAAGAGCUAAUAGAUAGGGUUCUGAGUUUAGCAGAUGAGGAAUCUCUUGAAGUGCCAUCUCCACUUGAGAACUGGCCACAGACUGACACAGAUAGCACUUCCUCAGAUAUCUCAACCGGUGCUGUUGACUGUGCACCUCCUCCCAGCUCCACCCACCAGACUUUGCCGGAGAUUCUGGCUGGAGGAACACUGGAGUUCCUCUCUGUCACACAGGCUGAUUUGUUGGCAGAGGAGCAGCACAAAGAGGGCAUCACUCGUCAUAGUUCAUCUCCGUCAAUCAUCACUCUGCCAGACGGCUCAGACCCAAACACUCCAGACCACAACCUGCAGGUAGAUGACCCUCAGGCCCGUAAACGUAGCCACAGCAGCACUCAGCUCAGUCUGAAAGGGAAGAUCAUGGAGAGGCUGGCUGACAAGUCUCCAGGGGCAAAGCCCAAGCUCAAGAAGGCCAAGAGGAAAGAGGAGGAGAGGCUUAGGAAAGCAGCAAUUCAAGCUGAAAAACUGAAGCCACCUAGUAUUUUCUUUGGAGACAGCCUGGAUCUAGAGAACUGGUACAGUUGUGGGGAAGGCGAGGUGUCAGAGAUUGAGAGCGACACAGGCUCACCCAGUGGUGGGCCUGCUGGGAAUGUUGGGGGUGUCAGUGUCCCUGGACGCAGAUCAUCCUCUGCCCCACCUCGUUUUAACAUUCAUCCUCUCUAUCAGCAUGUCCUGCUCUACCUCCAGCUGUAUGACUCCUCCCGGGCCCUGCACGCCCUGUCAGCCAUCGCAGCCAUGUUGAAAGCUGCACCCUCAGGGUUUGUAAGUGCCAUCUCUACCACCAGCAUCAAUAACACCUACACUCCACAGCUCUCCUUGCUCCAAAACCUCCUAGCACGUCACAGAAUCUCUGUCAUGGGCAAAGACUUUUACUGCUCCAUCCCCCAGGACUCCCACUCCCACUCUUUUCGCAGCGCCAUGUACCUGGAGAUCAUAAUCUCGCUUUGUCUUUAUUAUCUAAGAAGCUAUUACUCUGCCCACCUGGCAUCAGGCCCUCAGGACUUGGCAGGGAACCGAGCCAUGCAACUCACCAGUGUUGAGGUGUUAGCCGUGCUCUUCAGUGAGCUUGGCAAAGUCACGGGCGGUUCAGCUAAGGGCUUUGCUAGUUUCAUUAGUGACGUCCUCUUCAAGUGCAAAGUUCAAAAGGUGGUGCUCCAUUGCCUCCUCUCCUCCAUAUUCAGUGCCCAGAAAUGGCACGAGCAGCGCAUGGCAGGUGUCAACAUGGCCACAGUGGAGGAGGGUCUGUCAGAAGACAGUGUGAUCAACCUGUCGGAGGACCAGAUCGACAGCUGUAGUGCAGUCCAGUCACAGUUGUUAAGACUGUUGCAGAGCCUCGUUGUACUUGAGCACAAAGUCCUGGGGCCAGCUGAUGAGGGAGGUGAAGGAGGACCAAUGGGAGCAGGGACAGGAGUUGGAGGGACAGGUGGCACUGCAGGGACAGGGUUUGAGACUCUUGUUGCGGAAGUGGAGCAUGUCAACCCUCAGCAGCCCAUGACAUCGCUGCAAUACCUCCACGGACAGCCAAUCACCGCGCAGGGUAUGUUCCUGUGUGCAGUGAUCAGGGCGCUUCAUCAGCACCAUGCAUGCAAGAUGCACCCACAGUGGAUCGGGCUCAUAACAGCCACCCUACCGUACAUGGGGAGGGUGCUGAAGAGGGUGGUGGCCUCCGUCACACUACAGUUGUGCAGGAACCUUGACGACCUACUUCAGCAGUACCGCUAUGAGACUGGGAUAACUGACACUAGACCACAGUGGAUGGCUCUGUGCAUUCCUCCUGACCUGAUUCUGACGGUGCUGGAAGGCAUCACGUCCAUCAUCCACUACUGCCUGCUGGAUCCCACUUCCCAGUACCACCAGUUACAAGUGAGUGUCGACCAGAAGCACUUGGCUGAGGCCCGCUCAGGUAUCCUGUCCAUCCUCCACACCAUCAUGACUUCUGUCACCCUGCUGUGGAGCGUCCUCCACCAGGCUGACAACUCCGACAAACCAGCUGCUGCCUCCGCUGCCUCCACUUCAAACAUCAACCUGGGAUCCACAAAGAACCUGCGUCAGCAAAUUCUUGAGCUGCUGGGUCCAAUCUCCAUGAACCACGGUGCUCACUUCAUGGCAGCCAUCGCUUAUGUUUGGAAUGAGAGGAAACUGGUCAAGAUUCCAGUCCGGAAUAAGGUGAUCCCUGUAGCCAGCGAAGAACAGCUGCUGCUGGUUGAGCUGGUUCGCUCAGUGAGCGCCAUGCGCACCGAGACGGUCAUGCAGACGGUCAAAGAGGUUCUGAAACAGCCUCCUGCCAUCGCAAAGGACAAGAAGCAUCUUUCAUUGGAGGUCUGCAUGUUACAGUUCUUCUAUGCCUAUGUCCAGAGGAUUCCUGUGUCCAGUUUAGUCGAUAGCUGGCCGUCUCUGCUGGCACUGCUGAAGGACUCGGUACAGUUAGGGCUUCCUGCUCCGGGACAGUUUCUCAUAUUGGGAGUUCUGAAUGAGUUCAUUUUAAAGAACCCCAAUCUGGAGAGCAAGAAGGACCAGAGGGAGCUGCAGGACGUGACCCAUAAAGUUGUUGAAGCCAUCGGGACAAUUGCGGGCUCCUCUCUGGAGCAAACCACAUGGUUGAGGAGAAACCUGGAGGUGAAACCUUCUCCUCAGAUAGUUGUAGAUGGAAACAACCUGGAAGCUGAUGUAGAAGAUUUAAUGCUCACAGUGAUGGAGGCCUCCAACUUUACUCCAUCUGUGUACAGCGUUCACGCCCUCACGCUCUUGGCUGAGGUGCUGGCUCAUCUGUUGGACAUGGUGUUCUACAGCGAUGAGAAGGAGAGGGUGAUCCCGCUGCUGGUCAAUAUCAUGCACUAUGUCGUGCCUUACCUCCGCAACCACAGUGCACACAACGCCCCCAGCUACCGGGCCUGCAUCCAACUGUUAAGCAGCCUCAGUGGGUACCAGUACACCCGCCGCGCCUGGAAGAAGGAGGCCUUCGACCUCUUCAUGGACCACACCUUCUUCCAGAUGGACUCCUCCUGCGUCAGUCACUGGAGAGCCAUCAUUGACCACCUGAUGACUCAUGACAAGACUACAUUCAGAGACCUCAUGACCCGGGUGGCUGUAGCCCAGAGCAGCUCUCUGAGUCUGUUCACCAACAGAGAUGCUGAGCUGGAACAGAGGGCUAUGCUGCUCAAACGCCUCGCCUUCACCAUCUACAGCAGUGAAGUGGACCAGUACCAAAAAUACCUGCCAGACAUACAAGAGCGUCUGGUGGAGAGCCUGCGUCUUCCUCAGGUGCCCAUCCUCCAUGCUCAGGUGUUCCUGUUCUUCAGGGUGCUGCUACUGCGUAUCUCACCGCAACACCUCACCUCCCUGUGGCCCACAAUGAUCACAGAACUGGUUCAAGUGUUUCUCCUGAUGGAGCAGGAGUUAACAGCAGAUGAGGACAUAUCAAGGACGUCAGGGCCAUCUGUCGCUGGGUUGGAAACCACCUACUCUGGAGGGAAUGGCUUCUCCACCUCUUACAACAGCCAGCGUUGGCUCAACCUCUAUCUGUCUGCCUGCAAACUCCUGGAUCUGGCCUUGGCUCUGCCUCCUGAGAGCCUGCCUCAGUUCCAGAUGUACCGCUGGGCCUUCAUUCCAGAGGCUUCGGACGAUUCCGGGUUGGAAGUGAGACGUCAGGGGACUCAUCAGAGGGAGUUUAAGCCCUACGUAGUCCGACUGGUAAAGCUGCUGAGGAAACGGGCCAAGAAAAACCCAGAGGAGGACUGCUCCACCCGAACCCUGUCCUGGGAGCCAGGUCACCUAAUGCUGACCCUGUACGUGAUCCGCAGCAUGGAGCAACUGCUGCCGUUCUUCAAUCUGCUCAGCCAAGUGUUCAACAGCAAGGCCAGCAGCCGCUCAGGGCCUUCCUACAGCCACAACUUAGCCACAGACUCCUCCUCCUUCCGUGGCCACAAGGAGGACCACAAACUGGAGAGCCAGAAAGUGUUCUGGAGUCGAGCUCGACAGAACAUCGAGGAGAUGGUGGAGAAAGACUUUUUAGAGGGACUUAUCAAGACAUGAGAACGUAAAGAAAGAGAGCGGAACAUGGGAAUUAACACACCACUGAUUAGCACUAGUGAAAAUCCUCAACCUGUACAUAACAGAACAAGGGAAUACAAGUUGGGAAAAUAGUUUGUACAUUUUUUUAUGAUAAUGAUUAUUUACUUUUCAAAGGCUAUUGUAUUUAAUUUUAAUUAUUUGUAUAUAUGGAGCAGCUAUGAGGACUGACUUUUAACCUUUCAUGUGAAUUCUUUUGGGACAGAGUGAAGAUGCUGUGCCAUUCCAUAUUGAUGUGACUUAAUAAAGAUUUAUAAUGUGAUGUUUA